AUGGUCAGCCGUGAGCCCGUGCCCGGCCCGGCCCCCGCCGGCGAGGGCAGCCAGGAGAAAGCCAUGACGGUGCGCUCGGUGCUGCUCAACCGCGACUCGCCCGACAUCGAGAGCCGCCUCAAGCGCCGGCGCAACCGCACGCAGCAGGUCCGCUUCAAGGACCUGGUGGAGGCCGGCGUGGGGCGGGCGGACAGCCCCCCGCCCGGGCCCGCUGCCGACCCCGGCCACAACACCCCACGUGCCUCGCCGCCCCCCAGGGACCCCCCUGAGCCGGCGGCUCUCCGUGCCUCGCGGCGCAGCUGGCCCCAGGCGCAGCCGGGCUCGCUGACGCUGCCCAUGCCCAGGAAGGCGUGCAUGAGCACCGCCAUCCAGACCUCCCCCAGCCUCCAGAAGCCCUUCCCGGCCCCCCAGCCCCGCAGCAAGAGCGUCUGCGAUGUGGCGGGGGAUGCGGUACCUCCCGCCGUGGCGAGCGCCCGGUGUCCGGGAGCGGCCGUGCCCACCGUGGCCAGCUGGGCCGUGCCCCCGCGGGCCCCCGGCAGCCUCCCCGCCCAUGACCGCACCGCUGCCGUCGCCCAGCACGCCAAGGUGCGCCGCACGCCCCCACCGCCACCACCCAGGGACCCCCCUCCCCCUUACCAGGGCACUGCCGGGUGCCCCGCCGCUCGCUGCGCCCCUCCGGUGCAAAGCUGCACCUCCGAGCCCUGUCCGCCAUCCCCAGCCUGUGCCCAGCUCCGCGGGAGCCCCCGGGGCAGCCACGGAAUCACUCCACGGCCGGCCUCCGUGCCCUGCGGCCAGCCCCGGCCGCCCGCCGAGCAGCGGGGGCUCGGCCGGAGCGACUCGGAGCGGACCCUGCCCUGCGGCCGCCCAGCAGCUCCGUGCCAGCCCUCGCCGCACCGCCGGCAGCCCGUCCCCUCCACGGACACCCAGAGCCUCCGCCAGCCACCUCAGGGCAACCCCCCGCGGGACCCCCCGCCACCCCAGCACCAGCUCUGCGCCGCGAUCUGGGGGGGACCCUGCUGCGCCUCGCCAGCCCCCAUGCCACCAGCGCCGGGCUGGCACGGCUCGGCCGCCGCCACGCCGGACAAGACACCAGCUGCCCUCGGUACCUGCAGCCGGCUCCGCGCCGCCGAACCCGGGCGUGGCUGGGCAGGGCCCGAGGGGCCCAGGGAGCCGCUGUCCGCAGCCCCGCAGGGCCCCGGCGUGGGGACACAAGCGGCCGGGUGGGCAGCGGAGGCCCCCCGGCACGGACAGCCCUGCCUCGCCGCGGAGCAGCCGGACACGCUACACCACGUCCAGGACCUUCUGCAGCUGGUGGUGGUGGCCAAGGGGCCGGUGGGACCACCAGCGAGGGCCGAGGAUGCCCGGACAUCUCAGGGAGAGGGCCCAGGUGGGCCCGGGGAGCAGGGGGACCUGCAUUCCCAGCUGCAGUCCCUGGAAGGGGUGCUGGAGACCAGCCAACAAACCAUCCGGGUGCUGCUGGACGUCAUCCAGGACCUGGAGAAGAAGGAGGCACAGCGGGAUGGGCGACACUCGUACCGGACCGGGCAGGACAUCGCCAACUGCGGGACCUGCCGGGACUGUGCCUGCAUCAUCUACAGCGUGGAGCACGAUUUCCGACAGCAGGAAGGCCGCUUCCAGCGGGUGCUGAGCCACAUCGAGGGCGACACGGGGCCGAGCUCCCCCCCGACGGCGCUGGGGGCGGCGGGGGUGGCGGUGGGGGCGGCGGGGACCACCUCACCGCCCGGCCAGGAGCCAUCGCCCGUGUCGAGGCUGCCGGCAAAGCUGGACGUGAAGAAAUCCCGGCGCAAAUGCUUCUGGUUCCUGUGAGCGCAAUGCCCGGUGAGCCCGGAGCGCGGGGGCACCGUCCCGGCACUGAGCCCCUGCCCACCUCUUCUCCCUCCCUCCUUCCCUCCCUCCCACGGUAGGGUUUGGGUAGCACCAGCUUUUCUAUUUUUAACCAUUCCGUUGAACGCGGGGAGCUCGGGUGUGGAAACGGCGAGGGGAGCAGCGGCUGUAUUUAAGGAGAAUUCAAUAAAUUCCACGGAGACGCUAUUUUUGUUACAUCCUCUCCCGCCUGUGCAUUUCUGUUCUGGAGGAGGAUGAGGAUGAGGAGGGGGCAGCGGCUGUUUCCCUGUAUUUCCCUCUGGUUUGCCCCAACCCAGGCUCAAAUCGGUGCCCAUCCCUGCACCCCACAGAGGGUGCUGCUCACCCAUCCCUCCCAUGCAGGUUAACCGGGAACACCGAGGAUCUCCACUGGUCAGAGACAGUGGAAAAUGGUCUCUGUGAAUGGCCUGGAGAGAGGAAACCUGUCCCCAAAACCCGCGGGUGGAAGGGUGGGCUGGGCAGGGGUCUCAUGGGUGGGGAAGAUGAUGCACUGGCUGAUUAUAGGGAGACAGGAAUGAGGAGCUCAAAUAUCCCAGGCUCUGUGGGGCUGCCACCAGAGGGAAAACUCGGCAUCGGGAUCCCAGAGCAGCAGCGGGUGUCUGAGCACACCCUGAGGAGUGGCCGUGGUGGGAACAGCCACAGCUCUCCCAGCAGGGAGACAUCAGGAAGGGGAACAUUGUCCAGCCUCCUCCAAAAGCACUGGCCACCCCCGGCCACGGCGAGCGGAAGGGAAUGCAGGGUGGGUAGGUUUGGCCAAAUAUUCUCUAUUCCCAUAUUCUCUAAAAUACGUGAAUGUUAAUAAUCCCCUAAACACUUAUUUACAUUAUAAACUCUUAAAGCUUCAAAGGAACUGUCGCAGGCUCUUCUCCCAAACAUUUCAGUCCCAUGUCCUGGUGCCCACACCGCAGCACCCCAAAGCAGGAAAUGCACACAGGGUUAAAGCCCGUUCCGUGUGCCGGGGACACCGCUGGUACAGCCGGGACAGUGGCCCGGGGGCACAACUCCCUUCUUGCCCAGCAGCAAGGGGAUGGAUGGAGAGAUGCUAUCCUGCAUUUCUGGUCCCCUCAGCCCUUCCCAGCUGCUGGAGCAGCCUGGGCUGGGGGUCUGGGACCCCCGAUUGAGGGCGGGGGCUGCGGCAGCAGCACGGGAACCACGGGCGGUGCUGGGAGAGCCCCGUGGAGCCACGAGCGAGCGGCAGGAGC